GGCUCGGUCACUCUGCUCCAUGGUGGCCCUUUGACCGUUUUGGUGGACACGGGGGGUCCGUGGCUCCGGCCGCACCUCCCGGGGCUCCUGAACGCCCAUGGAGUGACCCCCGAUGACGUCACGCACGUGGUGGUCACUCACGGCCACUCGGACCACGUGGGCAACCUCAAUCUGUUCCCGCGAGCCACGCUCCUGGUGGGCUUCGAUCUGAGCCGGGGCGAGGGGCUUUACUUGCCCAACGGACUGGCCCAGGGGGUCCCGUGGGUGCUGCACCCCGGGCACCUGCAGGUGACCCCCACGCCGGGCCACACGCGUGCCCACGUCAGCCUGGUGGCCUUGGGGACAGCUUUGGGGACAGUGGCGGUGGCCGGGGACACUUUUGAGAGGGAGGGGGAUGGGGGGCAGUGGGCGGCGCUGAGCGAGGACCCCCCCGAGCAGCGGCGCAGUCGCAGGAGUUUGGUGGCCACGGCCGAUGUCAUCGUCCCCGGGCACGGGGGACCCUUCAGGGUGGUGAAGGACGGGGGGGACAUCGGGGACAGCGAGGACGAGGACGAGGACAAGGAGGUGGCACCUGGAGGUGGCGGUGAGGGACAUGGGGACACCCCUGGAGGAGGUCACGAGAGCCCCAGAGAGAGAAUGUGAAGGACCCCGAGGUGGCACCGGGACCCCUUGGGGACAUCACCGAGACCUGAAAGUGCCACCAGACCCCCUUGGGGACAUCUCCAAGUCCUUCAAGAUGUCACAGGACCCCAUUGGGGACACCCCUGAGGCCACCCCAGGGUGUCCCUCGGUGACAGGACCCCCCUGGGGACAUUGCCAAGGUCCCAAAAGUGUCACCAAACCCCUUGGGGACAUCGCUGAGACCUCAAAGGCCCUCGGAGAGGGGACAGGACCCCCUUGGGGACAUUGCCGAGAUCCCAAAAGUGUCACCAAACCCCUUGGGGACAUCACUGAGACCCCAAAAGUGUCACCAACCCCCCUUGGGGACAUCCCCAAACCCAAAAUAAACUCCGUGACCUCCCCAGUGCUGUGUCUG